AUGCAGUUAAGUGCUAAAAAGCAAAGAGAUCUAACCUAUCUGGAGGUUCAAGCUUAGCAAAUUGUGAAUGAAGAUGAAGAUGCCCCAGAAGUUACAGAUGAGGAAAGAUACGAGGCACUACUGGCUAAGAAAUAAGACCGUAGAACAGGAGAGUCAUUAUAUGAUUUCUUAGAAAGAUAAGUGAAAUCUUAAAUGAGGGAGGCUCUUGGUCAACCUCUUCAAAACAUCUCACAAUAAUUAUUGAAUAAAGUAGUGACCAAAGAAGUGCAAAAGGAUCUCAAGAAAUUUAAGAUGAGUGUGGGUAAGACUCCAAACAAAGAAAAUAAGAAUAAGGGCUAGCUAUCAGCUGAGAAAGGUGCAUUCCCAUCACCCUAAAGAAGACUUCAAUUUGCUGACUCCUCAGCUAACGGUUUCGGCUCUCCAGACAGACCAGCAUUUGAAGAUAGAAAUGAUAAUCAUGUUGGAAACUCCAAAGAAGUGAGAGAAAUUUUGAAAGAACUUGACAAUGGUAUUCAUGACAAAAUCUCCUUAAUCAAGAUGUUGAUCAUUAAGUGCAGUGAAGCUGAUAACAGUUUUAAGAAGAUUAAGAAUGCACUUGAACAAAUGAACAUUGUAACUCUGAAAGAUCUGUAGACAGAGAUCCAACAAAAGACUGACUUAUUGGACUUAGUUUCUUAUUUGGGAGAUUAAAUUCAAAAAGAAAGAAAGGAAUUGGUCGGCUCUAAAUCUCACGGAAAGAGUAAUUAUGGUGGUUCAAGCUCUAAUAAUGAGAUCAAUGACUUGAGGAAAUGUGUUGAAGAGUAGAGAUCAAGAAUCAAAGAACUAGAAAACAAUAAGUCAACGAGAAAGGAGCAAAUUAACAGAGAUUUGAUGGAGCAGCUCAAUGAGGCUGAUGGUCAAAUUCUUGAGUAUAAACGUAGAUUAGAAGUUAUGGAAAGAGAAAACGGUAAACUUAGAGAAGAAAUGAGACAAUAGAUCGAAGAUUUCCAAAGAUAGCUUGAUAAUAGAGAUAAUGAAAUUCGCAGUCUUAAUCACAGACUUGAUAGAAAUGGUGGAGAUAGACAUGCUGAAAAUGAGAUUAAUUCUCUUUUAAAGAGAGAAAACGAUACUAUAAAAUAAGAGAAUCGUCUUCUGAGAGAUAAAAUUGGGUCACUUAAUAACGAAGUUGAUCUAUUAUCCAAGUCUAGAUCCUAAGGCCCAUAGAACAAUGCAGUCAUUCAUUUAUAAGAUGAAAUCAAGGAACUCAAACAUCUUAUUCAUGAUAAGGAAAGAGAUUGCUAAAGAUAAAUAGAUCAUUACAUCUAGUUGGCAAACGAAAAGGAUGCUUAGAUCACAAAAUAAAAGAACGAGUGGGCUGGCAUUUAUGCUAACAUGAAAUAGGAGAUAGAGGAUCUUAAGAAUGAUAACAAGAUUUUACAUAUCGAGAGUGAGAAGCUAUUAAAGCAGUUAGAGAUGGGUGGAUAAGGUGGAAGUCGCCAAAUUGAAAAGGAACUCGCCAAGAAACUUAAGAAGCGUGAACUAGAGUGUUCAGCUCUUUGGGAAACUCUCAAGGAUAUGCAUAUACCAGGAAGAAAUGUAUUUGAUGCAAGACAGAUGCUUGAUAUUCUAGCUCUAAGAGCUUUAGAUACUAAGGCUAAAAGAAAACUUAAGAUAUGA